AUGUCUGAUUUGGACGACGACUUGUUGGCACUUGCCGGCGCUGGCUCCGACGGCUCUGACGUCGACUCCGAUGUCCCGUUGAAGAAACCAGACUCCAAGAAACGCAAAAAGCUCGAUGAAAGUGAUUUGGACUUUGAUGACGACGAUGACAAUCUUGCGGAAAAUGACGAUGCCACCGCCACCGCCGACUUGGUCAAUCCGUACCCGUUGGAGGGCAAGUACCGAGACGAGGAAGACAGGGAGAACUUGUUGAAUAUGGACGAAAUGAAGCGAGAAGAAAUCUUGUUCGAGAGAUCGCAAGAGAUGGAAAGUUACAACGAGAAGAUUUACUUGCAACAAAGAUUGAAGCAGCAAGCAGCCCAGGAUUCUCCGAGGGCCACGCGGUCCAGUAAGAGAAACAAGACGUCGGCUAAAACCACUUCCAAACUGGACAAGUUGAGUGAAUUGCGGAAACAACGUGAACAAAAGCAGCGCCGGAUGGAUGGUGAUUUUGACGACGACGAAGAAGAAGAAGACGAAGACGACAAUUUGGACGACGAAAUAGCCGAUCUUGGAGGCUACGAGGACGAUUAUGACGACGAGGAAGAGGUCAAAUGGGGCUCGGGCCGCUCUAAAUUUGCUCCACGAAGUUAUGUUCGUGCCUCGUUGGACGACAUCAAUAAGAUUGUUGUGGGCAGAAGUAUGCUCACCAAAUACUGUUACUACAACGGCUUCAACGAGACCAUUUUGGACUGCUUUACAAAAGUCAAUGUGGGUGUAGAUCGUGCCACCAGACAGCCGUUGUAUAGGAUGGUGCGUAUCGAUGAUGUGAAGAGUAUACCGCAGAAACCAUACUCUGUUGCAGGCUCCAAGAUCGAUUUGUACUUGACUGUCACCCAGAACAAAAAUCAAACCAAAGAAUUCCCAUUGACGGUUUUUUCAGAUUCUCCUAUUUCGACUCAGGAACUCGACCGGUACAAAAUUGAGUUGGAAAAAACUGGCGAAGAGUUGCCUUAUGUUGAUGAUGUUAACGAAAAGCACGAACUGUUGCAACACUUGACGACGAGAGGUCUUUCUGAUAAGGAUGUUAAUGAGAUGAUUGAAAGAAAGCAAAAAUUGCAGGCUAAUGUUGGUGGGUACAACGCCGUUUUUGAAAAGUCAAAGUUGCUCGAUCUUCUUAAGAUUGCCAAGCAGGAGGGAAACACAUCCAAAGCCGAGUCACUUCAGGCAAAAUUGACGGCAUUGGAAAAUACUUUGGCGUCGCAAACCAACACCAGUAAUACCUCAGAAUCUUUAAACACCAUGUCGAAAGUGAACGAAAGAAAUAGAAGACUAAACCAAAAGAAUAUUCGAAAGGCAGAGAUCAAAUCGUCACAGCUUCGAAAAGUGGUGGAAAAUAACCCCGAUGGUGGAGAUCCGUUUUCACGGUUUAAGACUGCCACCAGAGUAUUUUAUCAAGAUGUGGUUCAAGAGGAGAACAAGAAAGCUCUUGUUGAUGCGCAAUUGAGCUACCAGGAGCGAAUGGAUGAAAAGUCCAAAAACGAAGCCAAGAUUGAAAAGUCCACCUACCGAGUGUUGGGAGUGAUGGACCAAUUAAUUAAACAGGUGGAUGUAGAUUUGGGUGUGGUGACCAGUAUCUAA